CACUCCGGAAGCGGGCGGUGCCGGCUGCCCAGCCGUUUCCUGCCCGGGACGCGGCGGAGCCGGAGCGGAACGGGACGGAGCGGAGGAUAGCGGAGCCAUGACUCACCAGACCGGCAUCCACGCCACCACAGAGUUAAGGGACUUCUUUGCCAAAGCCCGCAACGGUUCCGUCCGGCUCAUCAAGGUCGUCAUUGAGGAUGAACAGCUCGUGCUGGGAGCCCACAAAGAGCUGUCCCGACGCUGGGAUGCUGACUACGAUGCCUUUGUGCUGCCCUUGCUGGAUGAGCAGCAGCCCUGCUAUGUGCUGUACCGCCUGGACAGCCAGAACGCCCAGGGCUACGAGUGGCUCUUCAUCUCCUGGUCCCCAGACAGCUCCCCGGUCCGGCUGAAGAUGCUGUAUGCUGCAACCAGAGCAACAGUGAAAAAGGAGUUUGGUGGGGGACACAUAAAGGAUGAGAUGUUCGGAACAGUGAAGGAGGAUGUGUCUCUGAGUGGUUACCAAAAGCAUGUGUCCUCCUGCUCUGCCCCAGCCCCGCUGACUGCAGCUGAACAGGAACUCCAGCAGAUCCGCAUCACUGAGGACCUGCCUUCCCUGGCCUCCAGCAGAGAGAUGGACUCCUGUUCCCAGGACUCGAGCACCGAGAUGAUGGUGGGGGGCUGUUGCUGCUGCCCAUCGCUGGUAGAGGCCCCGGGCCCCGAGGAGGUGAAGACAGAGAUCAGCGUGGAGAGCAAGCACCAGACUCUGCAGGGCCUGGCCUUCCCUCUGCAGCUGGAUGCUCAGCAAGCCAUCCAGGCACUCAAGCAGAAGAAAAUCAACUACAUCCAGUUGAAGCUGGAUCUGGAGCGGGAGACCAUUGACCUGGUGCACACAAGCCCCACGGAGAUCGCUGACCUGCCCAAGAGGAUCCCCCAGGACUCAGCUCGUUACCAUUUCUUCCUGUACAAGCACUCACACGAGGGAGACUACCUGGAGUCUGUCGUCUUUAUCUACUCCAUGCCUGGGUACAAAUGCAGCAUCAAGGAGCGCAUGCUCUACUCCAGCUGCAAGAGCCGGUUGCUGGACACUGUGGAGCAGGAAUUCUGCCUGGAGAUAGCCAAGAAGAUUGAGAUUGAUGAUGGAGCCGAGCUGACAGCAGAGUUCCUCUACGAGGAGGUGCACCCCAAGCAGCAUGCCUUCAAGCAGGCCUUCGCCAAGCCCAAGGGCCCCGUGGGAAAGCGGGGACAGAAGAGGCUGAUCAAGGGGCCGGGCGAGAACGGCGAGGACAGUUAGAUCCCAGCACCGGGCGGCGAACGGACAGCAGCCCCGCGGCGCUUCCCGGCUUCCUCUCCGCUGGUCAGGGGAUCUUUCCCUCCGGCUCAGCCUUCUUCUUUUCCCUUUCUUUUUUCCUGUUUCAUUCCUUUUUUAAAGAUCAGGAUGGCUUCUUGCACCUGGGGGCAGAGCGAUGGGGAGGGUUCAGGGGGUGUUGGUGUCUCUUUUCUCUGCGUCCCGGUUGAAGCCCCAGGGCUGCCGGCAGAGGACAGGAGCAGCAGGGCCGUGCCCCCCAGCCUUGCUCCUGUCCCCCCUGGGGCAAAGCCGCUGCUGUCAAUGCCCCGGGGUGACUGAAGGACACGCGUGCCUGCAAGCUGCUCUAUGCAAAGGGAAGGGGAGGGUGUCAAGGAUUCCUGCUGGAAAAGAGAAAAUGCUUCUUUCCCUGCUCCCCUGGGCCCCAGGUUUUGCUUCUCUGUCCCACUCGUGGUGUGCAAGGACCCUCUGCCCCAGAGCUGGAGUGAUCCUGCACCCCCUGAGGGUGCGGGCAGGACCCCUCACUGUGGGGUGAGCUUUACUGGCACAAGUGUGUCUGUGGGACAGGCCAGUGGGAGGUAGAUCUCCCCUGAGUACUGAGCUCAGUCUCGCCCUGGGAAGAGGUCAUUCUACCUUUGGGCGAUGUUUGCAUCCCUUUUUGACCUCAGCCCCAUCCCUAUUUGGGAUGGGAGCUGGGGGCACCUCAAGCCCUGGUGUCUUCCCUCCACGUGCCCCAACCCCCACCAUCACCCUGGGUUUGCUGCUGGCUCUGGACUAAGGGAAGCCCCACGUCUUAAAAAUGACAUGGGCUAUCCCAAAUCCUCAUGUGGGGAAGUGUGACAGCCCUGCUUGCCCCCCCGGGGCCAUCCCUAACCACCGAGAGCCAUCAUCGGCUCGUUGCUGUGAGUUAGGCCUCAAGGGCGGGGGGUUAGGGGGAGAGCACCUUGCUGCUGGGUACUAGAGAGGGCUUGAAAGCCACUCGCCUGCCCAGGAAGAUGGAAACAGGGUGGAGGAAACCUGCCCUCUGCUUUCCUGCUGCCGUGCUGAACGUGCCGCUGUUGCCUUGACCUCGGCGGAGUGGGCGGUGUGGGGAGUGAAGCUGGGGGGAGCAGAGCACACUGUACUGAACGCUGUAUUUUCUAAAGAAUAAAGUAUUUUUAAAACAGUC